CUGAGCCCAGGAUCUAGCAUCAUGAAGUCCUCUGUGGCGUUGGGAGGACUUCUGCUUCUAUGUGUUUCCUUGAUGUGGAUGUGUUCUGGGCAAGAGCCAGUGUUGGUACAAUGUAGCUGUCUUCAUUUCCGCACUAUAGCUAAAAGAGCACUAUUUUAUAAAGAUGAAUUGGUAGGCCCUGAUGAAUUAUUUCUGGGCACUGGCUGUCUGGCAAUUCAUGUGCGAGCAGAUGAACUUGAAUUUGAUUAUCCUGUUACUUUGUGUGGAAUUGAAAUACAGGUUUUCUAUGAUGGAACAUUCAUUAAUUCCUGGCUUACCUACAAACCAAGGAAUCACUUACUUUCUGCUGAACUUCGUUUGGAGUGUAUGGUUCCCAGCUCCUGUGUCUCCCCUGACAAGUCCACUAAUGACACUGAAAGAAUCAAUAGCUUAAUCAUACCUCCACCUGUUCAAUACUGGUUCUUGAUACAGUACAGAUACUGUGUGAGAUGUGGUUAUGCCCACUUCAGAGAUAACUGGUCAACGCCUUUUUAUGGACCACACAAUUACUCCCUUCCAAGGAACCUGACUCCUUCUUUCCUCUAUGAACUUUAGAAGUGUGUGCUCCUGGACAUCCAACAGCAACACAGAAGUAAUCCAGUUUAUCGAUGUCAUGAGGCAUUUUAUUCUUAUGUUAUUUAUAUCUUUUUAAUUCAUUUUAAUCUAUUGUAACCAUGAUGCCUUUGAGAAAGGCCAUUGGUGCUUUUAACUUUCAGUGUGGCCAUAUGUCCAUGAAUAA